AUGUCGGAGUCAUACGAAUACUUAUUUAAGUUUUUAGUUAUUGGCAGUGCUGGGACAGGGAAAUCGAGCCUUCUAAAUAAUUUUAUUGGAAAUAAGUUUAAGGAAGACAGAUGCCAUACUAUUGGUGUUGAAUUUGGUUCGAAAAUAGUUAACAUAGGUGGAAAAUCAACUAAACUUCAAAUAUGGGACACAGCUGGUCAGGAAAGGUUUCGAUCAGUGACUCGAUCUUAUUAUAGAGGAGCAGCUGGAGCUCUUCUUGUUUAUGAUGUAACAUCUCGUGACUCUUUUAAUGCUCUUGCUAAUUGGCUUCGUGAUGCUCGCACUCUGGCAAGCCCAAAUAUAGUUAUUUUACUUGUCGGCAACAAAAAAGAUUUGGAAGAGUCCAGAGAGGUCACAUUUACAGAGGCAAGCCAAUUUGCACAAGAUAAUGAACUAAUGUUUCUUGAAACCAGUGCUAAAACAGGAGAGAAUGUAGAAGAAGCAUUUUUAAAGUGUUCCAAAACAAUACUAGCUAAAAUAGAGACAGGUGAAUUAGACCCCGAGAGGAUAGGGUCUGGCAUUCAAUAUGGAACAGGGACUUCGAAGAGAUUGGGUGCACCAAAGAGACCAACAAGGACGCCAUCUGAUUGUGCUUGCCGUGUUUAA